GACUCCUCAGAGAUGAUGGAAGACAACUCCUCAGACUAUGAUGAUAACCUCUCCGACGAGGCUGAAGGCUUCCCUCCACGGCCCCAAUUGCCGGAGUCAGUCAAAUCCGGGGCAUUUUCCUACGAUAGCAGGAAUGGCCUACGCGUGAGCAAUUUCUCACGCGCCUCGCUGGAAGACCUAACCUUGCUCUUCCGGAAAAACGCAUCAUCAGCGCGCCGCGCUGUAGCUACCAAGCCGUGGCUUACAGCACAACUUCGUUUAUACGACAUCGCCUUCAACAAGUCAGCCAAAGUCAGCGAGCUUCGAGGUACACUAGAAGCCGCUGUGAAGGGCCGCAAGUGUGUUGAGGGAGGCCCUCCCUCGAUUGAUCUGAUAAGGCAGCGGCUUGCAACUCAAUUCGCCCAAAAGCAAGAGGAGUAUGCACAGGCCGUGAAGAAGCAUAAGCUUGAUGUAAAGAGCUGGCACAAGCAGAACUUUUCGAAGCUCAGUGACCCCAGUGCUGAGGCACGUUAUGAUAUUGGUUGGUUUGUCUCCAAGUACUUUGUGAACGAUGAUGGGUCACCAGCCCCAAAUAAGACGCCCGAGCCCGUCAUCAUCUGGGACUUGGACAAGCCUGAGUCACUGCGCCAUCGCAUUGAUGGCAUACCUGGACUGAGAGCGCGUGUCACGGGUUACCUGGCUGUCAUAGCAUGGGACUCAGCAUUCAAGAGAGGAAUUGGCGAUGCCUUUACCCUGAUAGAUCGCCCAGAUGUAAAAGGCGAUCAUCCCACGCUUGAGGCACUGUUUGAUCCAGAGCUCUUCCUAGCUAAAUACUUUCUUGAUGGCUUGCACGGCCGACCGAAGUGCGAAAAGCAAAAGAAGCCUCUCGCCUUGAAGCCUUGGUUCGCCUACGGCAACAGUAUUGAAAAGCUUAAACAAGCUGUUAAUCGCGUCCCAGAACUCUUAAUUCAAGAGACAGAAAGGCCCACAGAUGAUGCCUGGAACCGCAGUGGAAAGUGCAUAAUCGUUGGAUGGGCUAAAUCGGUGAAGAAACUGGCCCAUUCAUGGAAGUUAGACAUUGCACGAUUGGAGGACUUGGACAUCAAGCAGAAACGGCUUGACGAAGAGAAGGAGAUCAUGGCUAAAUUGAAACCACAUACGGACUAUAUUAGAGAGAAACGGCCCCUUCCAUCUGGGCCAUUUACGCUCAAGCAUCUAGUGGGCUCAUACAUGGUACAAUGCCCUCUGCUUGAGGAAGAGUACAUGUGUCAAGGCACAAUGACAUUGGACAUCCACCCGUCAACUAGCACCAACGGCACCGCGGGUGCCUUCGAUUUCGGCCUCUUAGAGGGUACUAUGCUGAUAUCGACCUCCGAGGCAUCUCUUGAGCGCUUGCGCGAGGAAGAAGCUGCACGUUCGGAUAGCGAUGAAGAAGUUUCCGACUUGGACUCCUUGACAGUGUCUGGCAAGCGCAAGUUCAAAAGCUCACAAGGAGCCACUACAAAACAUUCUAAAAAGCGACCUGGCGGCAUUGAAGGCUCUCGGAACCCUAGCCGGUUCUACUUGCAGUGGGCUGGCCUGGACACAGGCACUGGAGAUUUAGUAUUGGACGCUGACCACGAACGGACGGGUCAUUUCGACCUGGAUAGCACAGGGAUGACCGCUCAAGGCCAAUUCUUCUACCGCGGGCUCCAAGACGACAAGCCGUUCGUGUUCACACUUCUAAAGGUCGCCGAUGAGCCUAGGAAACACCCUGACGCUUGGUCGAGCUAUUGCGAAAAAGUCAGGUGGCGCCAUUGGUGAUCAUGCCAUCAUCUUCGAAAAUUGCGCCGCUGCUGUGAUGUUUCACACAUAACGUCUACUCAAUAACAUAUAACAUCUAAUCGGAAUACGGAGAAUUACCAUUGAUUUUACAGGCCAAGUGCCUACAGAAGGUCCUUGUACCACUUUCCCCUACUUAGAGCAUAAUAAACACAGUCAGAGUUGAAUAUAUGGGAAUAAUUUGUUACGGUUCGACUUUAGGGUGAAUAUAUCAGACACAAAUAUUACCUCUGCUGUAAAUGAGAUUCCGUAUGUACAGAUCCUUGGCUACAGUACGCGUACUCGUCAACCCCUAUAUCUCAUACCAAUGUAAUUCACGUUUGGGCUGGAAAGGUAAUUAUUCUAGUAGGUAAUGUUACGUACUUUGGAAAUCCCUGCUCUCCUUCGAGCUAUUCUAUAUAUUUUUACUUAGUUUUUAUUUGUAUUUUAUGUGCGUACGGCUGAAUACGCAGUUCGCCAGCGGCUAAAGACAUCAUGGGGUCCAUUCAUGAUCCUGCAGAGACAUGCAGGCG